AUUAAAUCAAUACCUACCCACCCCUGACUGUUAUUUUAUUUUGACAAAAAAUCAACGUCAAAUCGAAUUAUUACAUAUUUUUAAAUUUUACUCGGAAAUAGUUUUUGUGAAGAAAAUGGAGUCCACAUGGUAUUUAUUCCCUGGUCAAACGUUGGAAAACACAAAAAUCUCGGACAGAGCUCGUGCUCUGCAUAUGACCCAGUCGUCUUUAGACGAAAUCAAAAGCCACAUAAACAGACAAAAGCUACUUCAAGAAGUGGUUGAUAGAGAAGCUGCUGUAAAAAAGUACUUAAAAGAUGGUUCAAGAAAUAUGACAGAAAGUUGGCCAAAUUCUUUAGAGAACGUACGUAAACGUAAAGAAAAAGAACGCCUAGAACUAAUAGAACAGAGAAAAGAAGAACGAGAACGCAGGUUUUUUCAACUACGAAAGGAACAAGAAGAAAUACGAAAGGCAUAUAUGGAAAAAGUAAAAAAACAAAUUUAUAUGACUACAGGACAUGCCAGAGAUCUGACCAGUGCUCUAUUGACGUCAGAAGUACUUUUCGAGAGGCAAAAGCAGCAAGAGUUUCAGGAAAAAAUUAAAAUACACGAAAUAGAAGAAGAGAAAAUUUAUGCGGAAACCCAGAAAAAAUUAGCUGAAGAAGAGGCUGUAGCCAAAGAAGAAAAAAAACAGAAAAUACUAGAAAAAGAAAAAAAGCAUUUUGAAGAAUUAAAAAUAAUAGUUGCAGAAAAAAAUACAGCCAAAAAAGCAGCAAAAGAAGAAAAAAUCAAAAAGGAAGCCUUAGACAAUAUAGAAGCCGUAAAAGAAGAAGAAAUAUUCAAGAAAAUUAUUCUGGAAGAUAAACUCCAAAGAAAAAAACAACUAUUUGAAGAAAGAAAAACAUAUUUACGUGAGCAAAAAGAACGCGAAGCACAAACACUUAAGGAACAAAAAGAAUUAGACGAAGUAAUUCAAAUAUAUACAGACACAAAACAUAAUAUUGAUUGCAUGAGAAAAGCACGAGAAAAAGAACUAAGAGACAAUGCCGUUAAACUAAGAGAAAAAAUUGCUGCAAUGGUAAUGGCUGAAGAAAUGGACAAAUCAGCCGCUGAAGAACUAAUCCUAAAGAAAGCAAUAAAAGAAAAAGAAGCAGCAGAAAUCGAAAAAAACAAAGCCAAGCAAGAAUAUGACAAGAAAAUGAAAGAAGAAAUAAUCAAAAACCGAGAAGAAGUACUAGCUAGAGAAGAAGAACGAAAGCAAAAGGAAAACGAAAUUAAAAAAUGGGAAUUAUUGAAUCGAUUCAAAACAGACCAAUACAUGAAAAUCUACGAAGACCAAAAGAAGCGUAAGCUAUGGCAUGACAUUAUAAAAUACAGGCAAGAAUUGUGCGAGCAAAUAGAAGAAAACAAAAUUCAGGCGAUAACAGAAAAAAUGAUCGACGACGCAUUAUCCAGAACCUCAGUCAAAGGCGACGACGCGAAAUUCUUCAAAUACGCCAACGAGGUACUGGAAAUGGCCAAGCGAAAAAAACGAAACACUAAACCCAUUGAAAGAGUCAUCACGAAGUAUAUCAAAGAGACAAAUGUGGAUCCAAACGAAUUUAUUGAUGGCGAUAAGGAUUCGUUUAAAACACUAGACAAUUUGAUUUCCAAGAAAUCACAACGAAAAUCGAGACCUUGCAAGUGUGUUUAUGCAAAGAAAUCAUAAUUCAUUGAAUGAGUGUUUUAUAGGUAUUUUGUAGUCUAAUGCGAAAAGUGUCACUAUUUUUUUCCACUUUUCGUUAAAUAAAUCUUAUACAGCAUUAUGUGUACUUAAAUAGUUUUUUUCUAUGACUAUUGAAU